UGUUAGGCUAGUAUGUGCGUGUUGGACAACAGCGGUCUGCAAACCAGCUAUUUUGGCCUCUAUCUGCCUGCUCCUGCGGCCUGGAAGGGGCCUGUGUUUGCUGGACCAUGAAUAAAAGUAGACCCUCCCCUGAGGGCUGCGAGGGCCCAGUCCUGCGUCCCUGUCAGGCCUCCUACAGUUGGCACCAUUUCAGGAAGCCUUGGCAGAGAUUCCACUCCCACCCGGCUCCCGAGCAGCCACUAGACAGAUACAAGUGGAGGACAUCUGGUCAUUUGGCACCGAGGGCAGCCAAGAUUGCUGCCCCUGAGGACCAACGGCAAGGCACAGAGACCCCUCACCUGCGGCUGCUCAGCUUACCGAGGGUCAGCACCUCCCCAAAUGACAGGAGCGGAGAUCAAUCCCAUGAAGGCCAUAUGAGGGCCAGGUCUCUGCGCAGGAUCUUCCCCUACCUCAGGUCCAUGUCUGAGCCUGGUACAGGUACUGGCCCCGAGAGGACAGUGCUCAGGAAGGUGGGAUCAGAUGCUGAGCGAAGUUCUCCCGCUGUCAGCAGCUUCAUCACCUCAUUCUCUCGCAAGAUCAGCAGAGUCUUCAGAGAUGAACCUGAAGAACGGCAGUCUGAUAUCAAGGGUCCUCCGGCUCACCGCUUCUCCUGCGGCCAGAGUCCGUACACCGACAGCGGGGCCUGGGAGAGAAAGCUGUGCAUCCUGACUGACAGCCAGCUCAUCCUGCUCAACAAGGAUGAGGAGGCUGCAGGUGAGGUUCAGGAGAGCCCCACAGACUCUGCCAAGGCCAGAAGUCUCCGCAGGACAGUCAGCGUUCCCUCAGAGGGACAGUUCCCAGAGUUUCAGCCAGAGGGCGCCAUCCUGCUGGAAGUGUCAUCGGAGCGGUCCCCGAGGAGGAGGAGUAUCUCAGGUUUGGGGAAUUCGGAGAAGAGCGGCACCGCCGACAAUCCAAACUCUUCACCCUUUAAAGUGCCGGGGUUUUUCAGUAAACGUCUCAAAGGCUCCAUCAAGAGGACGAAGAGCCAGACCAAACUAGACAGGAACGCCAGCUUCAGACUGCCCUCGCUCCGGCCUGCUGAGCCCGACAGAUCUCGCGGCCUUCCUAAGCUGAAGGAGUCGACUUCCCAUGAGUCUUUGCUGAGCCCGGGCAGUGCGGUGGAGGCUCUGGACCUGAGCAUGGAGGAGGACGUGUUUAUCAAACCUCUGCACAGCAGCGUUCUGGGACAGGAGUUCUGCUUCGAGGUGACGUACUCAGGUGGCAGCAAGUGUUUCAGCUGCACCUCAGCCUCAGAGAGAGACAAGUGGAUGGAAAACCUGAGGAGGACCAUUCAGCCCAACAAGGACAACUGUCGGCGGGCAGAGAACCUGCUGCGACUGUGGAUCAUCGAAGCCAAAGACCUGCCGCCUAAGAAGAAAUACUUCUGCGAGCUGUGUCUGGAUGACGUCUUGUACGCCCGCACCACCACUAAGACCCGCCACGACAGCCUGUUCUGGGGCGAGUACUUUGACUUCUCCAGCCUGCCCGCCAUGCACAGCAUCACCGUGCACAUUUACCGUGACAUGGACAAGAAGAAGAAGAAGGACAAGAACAACUACGUGGGCCUGGUCAACAUCCCGGUGUCGGGUGUGACGGGCCGGCAGUUUGUGGAGAAGUGGUACCCGGUCAGCACGCCCACCACCAGCAAGGCCAAAGGAGGGGGGCCGUCGAUCCGCAUCAAGUCCCGCUUCCAGACCAUCUCGAUCCUGCCCAUGGAGCAGUACAAGGAGUUCGCCGAGUUCGUCACAAACAACUACACCAUGCUGUGCUCGGUGCUGGAGCCCAUCAUCAGUGUUAAGAACAAGGAGGAGAUGGCCUGCGCUCUGGUCCACAUCCUGCAGAGCACUGGCAGGGCCAAGGACUUCCUGACAGACCUGGUGAUGUCAGAGGUGGACCGAUGUGCCGAUCACGAUGUCCUGAUCUUCAGGGAGAACACGUUGGCCACUAAGGCCAUCGAGGAGUAUCUGAAGCUGGUGGGACAGAAGUACCUGCACGACGCGCUCGGUGAGUUCAUCAAAGCUCUGUACGAGUCGGACGAGAACUGUGAGGUGGAUCCCAGCCGAUGCUCCAGCAGCGACCUCGCUGAACACCAGAGCAACCUGAAGAUGUGCUGCGAGCUGGCAUUCUGCAAGAUCAUCAACUCCUACUGUGUGUUUCCUCGGGAGCUGAAGGAAGUGUUUGCAUCAUGGAAGCAGCAGUGCACCGCUCGCGGACAUCAGCAGGACAUCAGCAAGCGUCUGAUCAGUGCCUCGCUCUUCCUGCGCUUCCUCUGCCCUGCCAUCAUGUCGCCGUCGCUCUUCAACCUGAUGCAAGAGUAUCCUGAUGACCGGACGUCACGAACGCUCACUCUCAUCGCCAAGGUCAUCCAGAACCUCGCCAACUUCACAAAGUUUGGAAACAAAGAGGAGUACAUGGCCUUUAUGAAUGACUUUCUGGAGCACGAGUGGGCGGGGAUGAUGCGUUUCCUGAUGGAGAUCUCCAACCCAGAGACUCUGUCCAACACGCCAGGCUUUGAGGGCUACAUCGACCUGGGCCGCGAGCUGUCGGUGCUGCACGCUCUGCUGUGGGAGGUCGUCUCGCAGCUUGACAAGGCCACUGUAGCGAAGCUGGGUCCACUGCCGAGGAUUCUGGGAGACAUCUCCCGCUGUCUGGCCACUCCAACGCCGGUGCAGCAGCAGCUGCGACGUUUCCAGGACCACAGCUCCGCCCACAACAUCAGCGGUAGCCUGUCAUCAGGGUUACAGCGAAUCUUUGAGGACCCCAGUGACAGCCACAGCGAAGUUCGCAGUCUGCAGUCUGCUGAACUGAUGGAGGGUUACAGUCGAGCUCAGCGCCCCCUGCUGGCCCAGAAGCAUCCCUCCAUCCACACCAGCUUUUCUGACCAGGAAGAGCGAGAAAACCCUCUGCCCAACGGCCGCAGCAUUUCUCUAGUUGACCUGCAGGACGCUCAGAACCUGCACAGCUCCACAGGACCCCCGCCGCGCCUCAGCAGGGUGGGCUCCCAGACCUCCAUCGGUCACGGGCCGCCCCCAGUGAACUACCCCCACUCUAACCCUUUGACCCCCCAGCUACCCCGCGAGCCGUCCCACACCAGCCACAGCAACUCCGAUGACUUCGGUAGCCAGGUGGGGGUCAAAGGUCGCGUGCCAUCUAACAGUAGCCUGGAUGAGCUGGGCAGCAGGCGGAGUGCGCAGAGCGAGGAGUGUUCGACACCACGCCGCCACGCACCGCCUGACCUCCCACCCGGCACUGCCACCGCGGUCGCCAUCCCCCGUCAGAGCACAACAGCGGGCACCGCCCACAUCAUCAAGGUGGAGCAGCAGAGCAGAGGAGGAGGCGGGGCUAGGACACCACACUCGCUCCCACACAGUGCUUCGCUACGCAGCAGCAGCAGCGCAAACACCGAGCCCACACCCACCACCAGCCACAUCACCCGCCAACAGUCCACCUGCUCUGUGGAGAACAUGGCUCUGCCCCCGAGGAGUGCCACUAAGCAGCCACAGCAGGUGGCAACUCCGGUGGAGGCGGUGGCAAUGUCUCCAGUGGAGAGGACGGCAGCCUGGGUGCUCAACAACGGCCAGUACGAGGAGGAGGAGGGGGCGGAGGGCAGGAACACCGAGAAGUACAAGCUGGAGAUCUUGCGGCUGAAGGAGCGCCUGCGGGUGUCCGGCCGGCGCCUGGAGGAGUACGAGCGGCGGCUGUUGGCUCAUGAGCAGCAGAUGCAGAAACUGCUGCUCGAGUACAAACACCGGCUGAGGCUGAGGAGGCAGCAGGAGGACAAGGACAGCCAGAUGAAGAACAUCAUGUGCAGGCUGAUGGCGGUGGAGGAGGAGCUGAAGCGAGACCACACUGAGAUGCAGGCGGUGAUCGAAGCCAAGCAGAAGGUCAUAGAUGCUCAGGAGAAGCGGAUCGGGUCCCUGGAUGCGGCCAACUCUCGGCUGAUGGCGGCGCUGACGCAGGUGAAGGAGCGCUACAGCGCGGCCAACCUCCGCAACGGCCUAUCGCCCACCAACCCCACGAAGCUGUCCAUCACUGAGAACGGCGAGUUCAAGAACAGCAGCUGCUGAUUGGCUGAGCAGAGGGGGAGGGGCUUGAGUCCUCUGGCCUGUGGAGGAACGAUGAGAGAGAGAGAAUUUAAAUUCUAUAAAUAGGAGUGUAAAUAGUUAAGGUCCUUUGUACAGAGUGUGUGUGUGUGUGCGCGGUGUGUGUGUGCGUGCGCGCAGCGUCACAGAAGCACAGAAGAAGAAAACCAAAAACGUUUUUUAAUCCAGAUUUUUUAUCUUUUCAUUUAAAGCUUCUGGGUUUUGUUGCUUAUGACGGUUUGAUGUUAGAGUGGAGUUUUCUGUUGUUUUGGGUUUUAAUUUAUUCCUCGACGCCCUUGUCCUGUUGCUACUGAACCGACUCCUGGAGGACCAGGGUCAAAGGUCACACCUGUCUGUCUCCCUUGUUCUGAAUAAAAGUUGCCCGAAAAUGC